AUGGGCCUGUUGCCGAAAAACCACACCUUAAACUCUGAGUUUAUUAUCCUGGGCUUCGGGGACCUGGCUGGGCUGCAAAUCUUCUUCUUUGGACUCUUUCUAGCCAUGCAUCUUGUCACCCUGGCAGGACAUACAACCAUUGUGCUCAUCACCCUCAUUGACUCCUGCCUCCAGACCCCCAUGUACUUCUUCCUUCGCAAUCUGUCCACCAUUGAAAUUUGUUAUAUAUUGGUGAUCGUCCCCAACAUGCUGGCCAAUUUCCUAUCCAGGAGCCAGCGGAUGCCCUUCCUGGGCUGUGCCUUGCAAAUGCACCUCUUCAUCGCCCUGGGUGGGGCAGAGUGCUUCCUCCUGGCUGUGAUGGCCUACGACCGCUUCGUGGCCAUUUGCAACCCCCUGCGCUAUACGGUCAUCGUCACCAGGGCCCUCUGUCUGCAGAUGCUGACUCUGGCCUGCAUCAGUGGCUUUGCGCUCUCCCUCAUCCUCACCACACUGAUAUUCCUCCUGCCCUUCUGUCAGUCCCACAAGAUCAAUCAUUUCUUCUGUGACAUCCCUGCUGUGCUCUUUCUGGCCUGCUCAGACACGAGAGCCAACGAGAUUGCAGUCUUCCUCGUCUGCUUGCUCAUCCUGCUGGUUCCCUUCCUGCUGAUUCUGCUGUCCUAUGCAUUCAUUAUCGCCGCCAUCCUCAAAAUCCACUCAGCCGAGGGAAGGAGCAAAGCCUUUUCCACCUGCGCUGGGCACCUGCUGGUCUCUGUUCUGCACUAUGGCUGCGCCAUUUUCAUCUACAUUCGCCCAAAGUCGUGCUACACCCCGGAACAGGACAAAAUUGUGUCCUUAAUCUACACCAAUGUAACCCCCAUGCUCUACCCUAUGAUCUACAGUCUGAGGAACAAAGAAGUCAAGGGCGCGCUCGGGAGACUUCUCAAUAGCUAUAACCAGAUGAGGCAGCGACCCGUCACUAGGUGA